AUGUCGAACGUCCUUGUCUAUCCGAGGCAGAACGCCCCUGCCCCAACAGACGGCUCCAACAGUAACAACAACAAUAACAACAGCGGCCCCACCAGUUCGCCGCUGCUUUUCUUUGUUGCCUUGGGUUUCGGUGUCGUCUUCACCAACUUAUGGAUUAUCGUCGGCGUUAAGUACUGCUUCCGAUAUAAUCGCCGUCGCGCGGCUCAGGCUGCCGCAGAUGGCGAGCCAAUUGACAUGGCCAACAUGCCUCGUCCGCACCGGAGGAGGAGGGAGAAGAAGUUGAUGACAAUGGACGAGGUCAACGAGCGGUUCCCACUGACCAAGUACAAGCAAUGGAAGUCAAGUCGCGAGACCGAGGGUUUACCAGCCAACGGCGGCAUUGCGACUGCACCCCAGAGCAGAGCAACAAGUUUGAAGGAUGUCGAGGGCGUCAUCAGUGCGCAGGAUGAAGGCCCUGGACCGAGAACCGACACUGCGCUUUCCAUGGCUCGCAACGACCUCAACGCCCCGAACUCCUCCACUCAGCCGGUAGCCUCCCCGAGAACAAGCGUAGAAAGCAGGACGAGCGAGCACGGGCAGGAUGUUGAGAAGCAGUUGGACAAGAAGGCGAUCACGGAGAAGACGGACAAUGUCCCAGGGCAGAGUACUACACCGCAAGCCAAUGUACGCGAGCGUGAGAACGACUCAGACGACGACGAAGAGGAUCCUAUACGCACUGCUGCUGCACCAGAGAUGCUGGCGGAGCCGGGAGACACAUGUGCCAUCUGCCUAGAUACCCUGGAAGAUGACGACGAUGUACGCGGAUUGUCUUGUGGCCACGCCUUCCACGCCAGUUGUGUCGACCCAUGGCUGACGAGUCGCCGUGCCUGCUGUCCUCUCUGCAAAGCCGACUACUACGUUCCCAAGCCCCGUCCUGAAGGCGAAGUCGAUCCCGUCACUGGUCGCCGUUCAGUCGCCGGUCUUCGGUCGCCACCACAAGCCGUUUGGACAUCUACCAACCCCUUCUCUCGGUCUCGCGUCAUGAUCAUCAAUUCAGAUUACCAGCAGCGACAAGGCGUUGACCGGUUUGGGCGAUUGAAUCGGCCUACUCGCCGUGAGCGCGUAGCUGGGGAUACAUCACAAGCGACAGGGCAGACUAGCGAAAACCAAGGGUGGCGAUCGAGGAUGACGCUCAACAGAACACAAGGCCCUACCUUUUCAAGCUGGUUCGGUCGCAACCGUGGCGCUGCUAGCACUGCAGAUGCAUCUGUCCCGCAGCAGCCAACUCCAGGACAACUCGAAGCCGGUAACCGGUAG